AUGAAGCGUGCCUCUUCCGCGAUCGGUCCCACUACGGCCUCAACGCCACCGAACAGAAACACUAGUAACAGUAGUGCGGCCGUGGUGUCCGCCACUGCGGCGAUCGAUUGUAGUGGCUCAUCACCGGGAGCAACUUCGUCCGCAUCCGCCACAAUCACCGCCGGAGUGACCUCCCAGAUGAUCUUCCAGAGCCAUUUGCAGCAUUCGCUCGAUCGGUUGCCACCAUUAUCGGCAUCGUCCUCGCCGAUAUCAUCGUCCGCCUCUUAUCGUAACGCUGGCUCAAUUUUAUUGCCCGGCGGAGCACAGGAUAACAGUGUGGCGGCGGUGGCAGCGGUAUCACAUCAUGCUGCCGCAGCAGCACUCCUGGGUAAUGCUGCAAGUGGUUUUGGGUUUACACUCGCCAACGACGAUAAUGGUGGCAGCACCACCAGCGGACCAGUGGAUGAUCAUGGUACCGCAACCGGGAACUACAAUGAGCUGCGGGACAGUGAGCGAGACGAUACUUCCGGAUUUCUUGCGUCUGCGGGUGUCGUCAACUAUUGUUUGGAAGGACCGAUCUCAUCGUCCUCACUGCUGCCCCCGGUGUCCCCUUCGGCAGCAGCAGCAGCAGCAGCAUCGUCAUCAGCAUUGGUUGAUGAUGAACCGGCAGAAGCGAUCGAGGUGGAGCAGCAGGGCGGUGGUAGCAGCACCAGCAGCAACAGCAGUAGUCGACGAUCGUCGGCGCUAACGGCGGCUGCUGCAGCGGCAGCCGUAGCAGCCAGGAAGGCUGCUGCAGCUGCAGCUGCGGCCGUUGUUGCACACCACCAUCAUCACCAUCAUCUGCAGCCUCAUGCGACAACGGUGGCAGCAUCGGCAGCCGAUGCCUUGCAGCAGUACGUACAGCAUCAUCCUCCACAUCACCAUCACCAUCAUCAUCGCUCGCUGCCGAUGGAUGUUUCGGCACUGUGA